CUGCUGGCAAAGUGAGCUUAUCUGUCCAGAGCAUCCGCAUCAGCUAGAAACCGAGAACAUGAUAUUGACAUUUUCGAUUUCGGAUUCCGAGGAAAUGAAACCUUAGUCGUUCAACGCGAUUGGCGGACGUCACUAACUCUGCGAAUCGUAUCACUACUAAUACGCAUCGUCUAGGGUUUAAAUAAAUUGCUGGCGAGGAAAACUAUAGCGAUCAGUAACACUCGGAGAACAAAGUAAAACUCCAAAUAUGUACGGGGCGGUUAUUUGCGUUAAAUUCCUGUUGCAAGCUUGCCUCCAUAAGGUAGGCGAAGUGUCACGAUGGGUGAAGAAGCUGAUAGCAUUAUGCAAGUUUGGGAUCGGUGAGCUGGGACGAUUAAAAGUGAAAAGGAGCGGAGAGCGUGCAAACAUCCCUCUCAGUGUCAAUUACCACUUCACCCGUCAGUGCAACUACAAAUGCGGCUUCUGUUUCCACACCGCCAAAACAUCGUUUGUGCUGCCUUUGGAGGAAGCCAAAAGGGGACUGAAGUUGCUGAAAACAGCUGGUAUGGAGAAAAUAAACUUUUCAGGAGGAGAACCUUUUCUACACGAUCGUGGGGAGUUCCUAGGAAAGCUGGUGCGGUAUUGUAAACAGGAACUCAACCUGCCCAGUGUCAGCAUUGUUAGUAAUGGGAGCCGAAUCACCGAGAAAUGGUUUAAAAACUAUGGUGAGGAUUUGGACAUUUUGGCUAUUUCGUGCGACAGUUUUGAUGAAGAAACCAAUCGUCUUAUUGGUCGUGGGCAGGGGAAGCAAAAUCACAUUGAGAACCUCUACAAGAUCAGAAAGUGGUGCAGGGAUUACAAAGUGGCUUUCAAAAUCAACUCUGUCAUUAACAGAUUCAAUAUUGAGGAGGAUAUGACAGAACAAAUCGGGAGUCUGGAUCCAAUCAGGUGGAAGGUAUUUCAGUGCUUAUUGAUUGAUGGAGAGAAUGCUGGAGAAGAUGCCUUAAGACAUGCAGAGACAUUUAUUAUCGACAAUGAAGAAUUUCAGAGGUUCCUGGGUCGGCAUAAGGAUGUCAAAUGCCUUGUCCCCGAAUCCAAUGAGAAGAUGCGUGAUUCCUACCUCAUUCUUGAUGAAUACAUGCGCUUCCUAGAUUGCACAAGAGGUAGAAAAGAUCCAUCCAAAUCCAUCCUUGAUGUCGGCGUGGAGAACGCUAUUAAGUUUAGUGGGUUUGAUGAGAAGAUGUUUUUUAAACGUGGAGGGAAGUACAAAUGGAGUAAAGCAGAUAUGCGGCUGGAAUGGUAACUGUUGACUGCUCUUUCAGCCUUGCACACGGGAACAGAACAGUAUUCACACCUCAGCUGUAUUUUAUGCCUUUAAUAGCUAAACCUUUGUGUUAAGAACUGAAUGGAGCAAAACCAAAAACUGCAAGAUGAGCUCUAAAUUUCUAGAUUGAAUUUCAGAUACAGUAUAGCAGAUGAAUUUACUGGAAAAUUAUAUGGAUUUUUAUUCAGAAGAGCUCCGGUACUGAUUUUCUGGGUUGCCUUGCUCCUUUCCCCUCUCAGGCCAAGCAAGGCAUGGUCCCAACAACAGGUCAAAUUCAGACCUGGAAGCAAGUCCACCUGCUUCUUACCUGCAGGGCCGGCUUGCUCAUCAUAACUAUCACACCCAACAUCUUCCUUGCUCUGUAAUGGUGGUUGAAACCUGAUUCUGGGUGUGGAUGAUUGAUUCCUCCUUUUGUCUGUACAGUCCACCACAUCCUUCACAUUUCUUUGGAGAAGGCCACUAAAACCAGUAAGGUUUAAUGUGUGAAAUGGAGUGAGGGAGUGAGAGAUGAGUACUGAAUACUGAUAUCUCAGGCCAAAAUGUUGCAGUAGAGGUUUAUAUGUCCACUACUCAACUUCUGUAAAAUCGCAAUUCGAACAAAGUAUUAAGCAUAACAUUGUUUUUAAACUGUGAUAUGUAUUGCAAUAUUUCCUGCAAUGCUUUUAUAUUGCAAGUUUUUAAAUUGUCUAUAUUACAAAGUAAUUUAAAAUCCUCGCUCUGAUGUUUACUUCUCACCAUCAUUGAACCACAAUAAUAUAUUCAUUACUACAGAUACUAGUCAAAGAACACUUAUGUAUCAAAUGUUUUGUAUUUCUAUUGUACUUAAAAUAUGUAUAGGUCACCAUGGACACGUCAUGAUUUGCACCAGCUACUUAAAAAAAAAUUGAAGGAUGAAUUUGUGUAAAUCACAUUAGUUUUCACACUGAUGUUUUUUCAUUGUUAUUGUAAUUGUUAUUGUAAUCUGUUCAUUGACAAUAUCGUGCUGCUUAUAAUCCCCAUUUCAUUGUGAUAUAAAUUUUAAAAAAUAAUCUUUUGGUCUCCUCACUUACAUAUUUAUCUUUAUGCUAUAAUUUUGCUCCCUUUCCCAAUUACUUUUGUACUUCAGUCCUGUACUUCUUUCUAAUUUUUGUAAAAUACUUUCUCCUGCUCUAGCCAACCUUCCAUUAUUUAGCAUUUGAUAAAAUACCCCUUUAUGUAUUUCUGUGUUGUGUCCCGCAUAUCUUCUUCUCUGUUACCCAUUUCAUCACUUUACCAAGAACAUCCCAAUCUAAAUGAUAGUUCACACAAACAAACUUUGAGGAUAUGUGCAAUUAAACCACAGUGAUACAGGAAAUCCUCAUAGAUCAGAAACAUUUCAAUUUCAAAAGAAUGUUAAGUUGAUGUAUUUUAGUGUUUCACAGUAAAAUGCAUCCACAUAUCUCGAACAAUCUUUGUAAAUCACUAGCAUUCUAUAUCCUAUGUUUUAUGUAUAUAGUAUAAUUGCCUAAUCUUAACAGAAACCAUUCUUACCAGAAACAAGAAGUAUUUUGUGCUUUAGAUGGAAUUUAUACAAACUUGUAAACUAAUAUAGCUUUAACACAAUAAGGUUGAUAAGGUACUUCAUAAGAACAAUGUCAUACAGGACAUAAUAGAAUGUGAUUUUAAGGAACAUCUUAAAUGGAAGAACCGUAAUGACAGAUCUUCAGAGUUUGCACCCUGAAGGUAUGAUGUCAGUUGAGGAAUGACAAAUGCCCGCUGUGUGCAGAGGGCCAGAGGUGAAGAGUACUUGGGUCCCUGGAGGGUUGUAGGUCCAGAGGAGAUUACAGAGAUAAGGAAAAGAGCAGUCAAAAGUCUGAAAAUUGCUGUACUGGAUGCCAAAGUGCAUCAUGAAUAUAGUGAUAACUGAACGGGAUUUUGGUGUAAGUUAGAAUAUUAAUAUUACUUGUAACUAUUGUAAAGUAUUUGAUUUUUAUUAUUUUUAAUUUUGACUUUGAUUUUUUCAGGAUUCAAUGUAUUCAAUUUAUAUUAUUGUAAAUAUAUUUUGUAUCAAAGUGAAUUAACAUGUUAAUAAAAUGAUAAAAUCUGUGUUGCCUA